AUGGCCGGACAAAAUAACCGCCGUCAUUUACACUAUCUCCCACUGCUUUUGUCACUAGCAAUAGCUAUACUGCUCCCCGCCGCCGCCGUGGAGACAGAUUCUUCUCCGAUCAUUGCUAGAUUCCAGGAGUACCUUAGAAUAGACACCGCUCACCCCAGCCCCAGCUACUACGAAGCCGCCGAUUUCAUCCUCUCGCAAGCCAAAUCCCUCUCGCUUGAUUCCCAAAUCCUCGAGUUUGCGAAAGGGAAGCCUCUGGUCCUUCUCAAGUGGACCGGCAAAAACCCUAGCCUCCCGUCCGUGCUCCUCAACUCCCACACCGACGUCGUGCCGGCCGAACACCGGAAAUGGGAUUUCCACCCUUUUGAAGCUCGGAUUGAAUCCUCCUCCGGCCGCAUCUAUGCCAGAGGCUCGCAAGACAUGAAAUGCGUCGGGCUUCAAUAUCUGGAGGCCAUCCGCCGGCUACAGGCCGCUGGGUUCCGCCCCCUUCGCACUGUGUACCUAUCUUUCGUCCCCGACGAGGAAACUGGUGGCCAUGAUGGCGCCGAGAAGUUCGCCCAUUCAGAUGCUUUCCAGGAAAUGAAUGUUGGGAUUGUGCUAGACGAGGGACUGGCUUCGCCUAGUGAGAAUUAUAGGGUGUUCUAUGCCGAGAGGUCCCCGUGGUGGCUGGUGAUUAAGGCCACCGGGGCGCCUGGUCACGGGGCUAAGCUCUAUGACAAUACAGCUAUGGAGAAUUUGCUUAAGAGCAUUGAGAGUGUGAGGAGGUAUAGGGCUGCGCAGUUCGAUUUGGUGAAGGGUGGAGUCAAGGCUGAAGGAGAUGUUGUUUCUGUUAAUAUGGUGUUCUUGAAGGCUGGCACUCCAUCUCCUACUGGCUUUGUUAUGAAUUUGCAACCAUCGGAAGCUCAAGCAGGUUUUGAUAUUCGAGUCCCACCAACUGCAGAUGUUCCAUCCUUGGAGACACGAAUAGCAGAGGAAUGGGCACCUGCUAACCGUAACAUGACCUUUGAGUUCAAGGUGAAGUCCUCUAUAUACGACAAGUUCGGGAAGCCAAUUCUUACAGCUACUGAUGGUUCAAAUCCUUGGUGGGCCUUAUUAAAAGAGGCAAUUCAAAAUGCAAACGGAAAAUUAGGAGAACCGGAAAUUUUCCCGGCCUCGACCGAUGCUCGCUAUUUCAGGGAAGUUGGCGUGCCGGCUAUUGGCUUCUCUCCUAUGGCCAACACUCCCAUUCUACUUCACGACCACAAUGAGUUUCUGAACAAGGAUGAGUAUUUGCGAGGAAUUGGGGUUUAUGAGUCGAUAAUCAAAGUAUAUGCAUCUUACGUUGAGCCUGUAAAGGUUGAAGAUUUUAGAGCCGAGUUGUGA